GAGAGAGAGGGGGAGAAAGAGGUGAGAGAGAAGGAAGGGAGGAGAGGCAGUUGGAGAGAGAGAGCGAGAGAGAAAGUAGAGAAAGAGAGAGUGAGAACGAAUGACAGAGGCCACGCGUUGUCUUAUUGGCUACUCCGUGUGUGUGAGAUGUCAGAACCCUAGAUCGGCAACCAGCAGCAAGAGCGGCCGUUGUGGAUUGUGGUCUGUAGUUCUCUGUAGUGGUCUGUAGUAGUCUAGUGGUCUGUAGUAGUCUGUAGAUGUCAGUAGUUAUCUGUCCUGGUCUGUAGUUAUCUAUAGUAUUCUGCAUUAGUCUUUAGUGGUCUGAAGCGGUUGUUUAGCAGUUGUGGAGCGGUCAGAAGAUGAACCAGCGCCGGUCUGUGUCGGAACAGAACCAUGUGAUCGAGCGGAGGGUCAGGAGUCGUGACAACCUGCUCAUCAAUGCAGACUUUGGAGAUGACAACUGUUCCAGUUACCAUGGAUACUACCCAGGUCGCAGCAGUGCAGAGCGACAGCUCCUGGCACGUCAGGCGGUUGCUAAGCGACGACAGGCCCUGCGAGGCCCCGCCUACAUGUUCUCGGAUCCGCCCAUCAGCCUCUCGGAUGCAGAACAGCGCUUCCUGGAGGCGGCAGAGUAUGGCAAUAUCCCAGAGGUGCGACGCAUGGUCCUACACAUGCCCAGUCUCAACGUGAACGCAGUAGACUACAUGGGCCAGAAUGCAUUGCAGCUGGCGGUGGCCAAUGAGCAUCUAGAGGUGACUGAGCUGCUGCUUGGGAGAGUGGAGCUAUCCAGGGUGGGAGACGCUCUGCUACUGGCCAUCAGUAAAGGUUAUGUGCGUAUAACGGAGGUGUUGCUAGGCCACCGUUCGUUCAGUGAUGCGCAGCGCCUGACAGCAAGCCCUGCCCAGGUGGACAUGUUGGAUGACUUCUACGCUUAUGAUGAGGAUGGGACACGUUUCUCCCAUGAUGUGACUCCAGUGAUUCUUGCUGCUCAUUGUCAUGAAUAUGAGAUUGUCCACAACCUAUUGGGUAAAGGAGCUCGUAUAGACCCGCCUCACGACUACUUUUGUUGCUGUGAUUCGUGCAACUACCAGCAGCAAUUUGACUCCUUCAGCCACUCACGGUCCAGGAUUAACGCUUACCGUGGCCUGGCUAGCCCCGCCUACCUCUCGCUGUCCAAUGAGGAUCCAGUAUUAGCCGCCCUGGAGCUCAGUAACGAGUUAGCUGUCCUGGCCAACAUCGAGAAGGAGUUUAAGAAUGACUACCGGCGUCUGUCUGGGCAGUGUAAAGACUAUGUGGUAGGUCUGUUGGAUCUCUGUCGCAGCACUGAGGAGGUGGAGGCUAUACUGAGUGGAGAUACUGACUCCGAGGAGAAGUACCAUCCACCUGGCCGACCCUCACUCAUGCGACUCAAACUGGCCAUCAAAUAUGAACUCAAGAAGUUUGUAGCCCAUCCUAACUGUCAACAGCAGUUGUUGUCUAUCUGGUAUGAGAACCUACCAGGUCUGAGACAGCAGACUACAGCUGUUAAACUACUAGUGGUCCUGGGAGUGGCUGUUGGACUACCUGGACUAGCUGUGGCUUACCUGGUGGCCCCCUGCAGUAGGGUAGGGAAGGUGAUGAGAAGUCCCUUCAUGAAGUUUGUGGCCCACGCUUCCUCUUUCUCCAUCUUUCUGUGUCUGCUGGUCUUGAACGCUGCCGACCGCUUCGCUGGGACCACACUGCUACCCAACAUGACCACACAUCUCCCCACACGACCGCAACAGAACCAACAACAAGAGGAAGACCCCACCAUGCUGUAUCGUAUGACCACCACCCCCUUCACCUGGAUGGAGAUUCUCAUCAUAUCCUGGGUCAUUGGUAUGAUUUGGGCAGAGGUAAAGGAGAUCUGGUCCCAGGGAGCGGGAGAAUACCUCUUAGAACCAUGGAACUUCCUGGACUUCGGAAUGUUGGCCAUCUUCCUGGCGUCCUUCAGUUCCCGCUUCUCUGCCUAUAACCACACCCACUCAGCCCAGCUAUACGUCCACACACACUACACCCACCUCUCUACCCUGGACAACAUCACCCUUCCACCACACGUACACUACUACACACUGGCUCGUCUCUCCUGGUUGCCCUCUGACCCCCAGCUGAUAUCUGAGGGCCUGUAUGCGGUUGCCGUGGUGCUCAGUUUCAGCCGCAUCGCCUACAUCCUGCCAGCCAAUGAAAGCUUCGGACCGCUGCAGAUAUCACUGGGACGCACUGUUAAAGACAUCUUGAAGUUCAUGGUGAUCUUUAUCCUGGUGUUCCUGGCGUUUAUGAUCGGAAUGUUCAACCUCUACUCCUACUACCUGGGGGCCAAGCAGAACGAUGCCUUUACCACUCUCGAGGAGAGCUUUAAGACUCUGUUUUGGGCGAUCUUCGGCCUGUCGGAGGUGAAGUCGGUAGUCAUUAACAACGAUCACAAGUUCAUUGAGAACAUCGGCUACGUGCUGUAUGGUGUUUACAAUGUUACCAUGGUGAUCGUUCUGCUCAACAUGCUGAUCGCGAUGAUAAACAGCUCUUUCCAGGAGAUAGAGUCCUCUCUUCUUCUCUCUCUCUCUCCCCGUUCUCUCCUCUCGCUCUCUCUUUCAUUCUCUUACCUUCCUUCUCGCUCUCUCUCUCCUUCCUUCUUCUCUGUUCUUCUCUCUCUCUCUUAUGUUCUUCUCUCCCUCUCUCUGUCCUCUCUUCUCUCUCUCUCUCUCCCCGUUCUCUCCUCUCGCUCUCUCUUUCAUUCUCUUACCUUCCUUCUCGCUCUCUCUCUCCUUCCUUCUUCUCUGUUCUUCUCUCUCUCUCUUCUGUUCUUCUCUCCCUCUCCUCUCUUCUUCUCUCUCUCUCUCUCUCUCCCCGUUCUCUCCUCUCGCUCUCUCUUUCAUUCUCUUACCUUCCUUCUCGCUCUCUCUCUCCUUCCUUCUCUCUCUACCUGGUUACAGGAUGAUGCUGAUGUGGAGUGGAAGUUUGCCCGUGCCAAGCUGUGGUUCUCCUACUUUGAGGAAGGCAGGACCCUGCCCGUCCCAUUUAACCUGGUUCCUAGUCCUAAAGCAAUGCUGGGCCUGGCCACUGCUGUUAGAGAGCUGCUGCUACACAGCCAUACACAGCCACCUGACGGGGCGCAGCUCAACCAGCUGGGAGACAGUAAAGCUUCAGGAUACAGCAACUCUCCGAGACCCACCAGAUACCAGAAGAUCAUGAAGCGCCUUAUAAAACGUUACAUCAUCAAAGCCCAGACGGACAAAGAAAAUGACGAGAUCAACGAAGGUGAGCUGAAAGAGAUUAAGCAGGAUAUCUCCAGUCUGCGUUAUGAGCUGCUGGAGGACAAGAAUCACAACAUGGAGGAGCUGCAGGAGCUUCUGGGGAGGUUGAGAGAGACUUACAACACACACCACACAGAGGAACACACACAAUAACACACACACCACACAGAGGAACACACACACCACACAGAGGAACACACACAAUAACACACACACCACACAGAGGAACACACACACCACACAGAGGAACACACACAAUAACACACACACACACCACACAGAGGAACACACACAACACACACACCACACAGAGUAACACACACAAUAACGCACACACCACACAGAGGAACACACACAAACCACACAGAGUAACACACACAACACAGAGGAACACACACAAUAACACACACACCACACAGAGUAACACACACACCACACAAAGUAACACACACACCACACAAAGUAACACACACACCACACAGAGUAACACACACACCACACAGAGGAACACACACCACACACACCACACAGAGUAACACACCACACAGAGUAACACACACACCAUACAGAGUAACACACACACCAUACAGAGUAACACACACCACACACACCAUACAGAGUAACACACACCACACAGAGGAACACACACACCACACAGAGUAACACACACACAACAACACAAUAACACACACACAACAACACAAUAACACACACACCACACAGAGUAACACACACACCACACAGAGUAACACACAACAACACAAUAACACACGAGUUUUAAGAAACUGGUUUCAGCUGCUGCAUUGAUGUCCUUCCUGCCUUCUUUCCAAGUACCACCUGGACUCAGCAGAACAUCAUUACUGUAUCUUCUGUUCCCUGAGAGAGGGAAACCAGGUACAACACAGCUAUGGGGAGUUCCCGCCCUCUACUGAUCAGUACGCCACCCCCUGGGCCCAGUACACCUUGUCCAGCUGCUUAUUAGGGAGCAACAUGUUGGAGUUAGUCAUCCCUUUGUUAGCCAACGGGUCUAGGU